AUGUUCUCUCUUUCAGGUUUAACAGAUGAAAAAGUGAAGGCCUAUCUUUCUCUUCACCCCCAGGUACUGGAUGAGUUUGUGUCGGAAAGUGUAAGUGCGGAAACUGUGGAAAAAUGGCUAAAAAGGAAAAACAACAGGCAGGAAGAUGAAUCGACUCCUAAAGAAGUCAGCAGGUACCAGGAUACGAAUAUGCAAGGUGUCGUGUACGAGCUGAACAGCUACAUCGAGCAGCGCCUGGACACGGGAGGAGAUAACCAACUGCUGCUGUACGAGCUGAGCAGCAUCAUUAAAAUCGCUACAAAAGCUGACGGAUUUGCACUAUAUUUCCUGGGAGAAUGCAAUAAUAGUCUGUGUGUAUUUACGCCACCAGGAGCCAAGGAGGGACAACCACGGCUCAUCCCGGCAGGGCCCAUCGCACAUGGCACCACCGUGUCCGCUUACGUAGCCAGAUCCAGAAAAACGUUGUUAGUAGAAGAUAUUCUGGGGGACGAGCGAUUUCCCAAAGGUACCGGCCUGGAAUCGGGGACUCGCAUCCAGUCUGUUCUGUGCUUGCCGAUCGUCACUGCGAUCGGUGACCUGAUCGGGAUCCUGGAGCUUUACCGUCACUGGGGCAAGGAAGCCUUCCGCCUGAGUCACCAGGAGGUUGCAACGGCGAAUCUUGCAUGGGCUUCAGUAGCAAUACAUCAAGUACAGGUGUGCCGGGGCCUUGCCAAGCAGACCGAACUGAAUGACUUCUUGCUCGAUGUCUCCAAAACCUAUUUUGAUAAUAUAGUUGCAAUAGAUUCUCUACUUGAACAUAUAAUGAUAUAUGCAAAAAACCUGGUGAAUGCAGAUAGGUGUGCACUCUUCCAGGUUGACCACAAAAAUAAGGAGCUGUAUUCAGACCUUUUUGAUAUUGGAGAAGAAAACGAUGGGAAACCUGUCUUCAAGAAGACCAAAGAAAUCAGAUUUUCUAUAGAAAAAGGAAUAGCUGGUCAAGUGGCGAGAACAGGAGAAGUCCUCAACAUCCCUGACGCCUAUGCAGAUCCACGCUUUAACAGAGAAGUCGACCUCUACACGGGCUACACGACCAGGAACAUCCUGUGCAUGCCUAUCGUGAGCCGGGGCAGCGUGAUCGGCGUCGUGCAGAUGGUGAACAAGAUCAGUGGAAGUGCCUUCUCGAAAACCGACGAGAACAACUUCAAAAUGUUUGCGGUCUUUUGCGCUUUAGCCUUACACUGUGCUAACAUGUACCACAGAAUUCGCCAUUCAGAGUGUAUUUACCGUGUGACGAUGGAGAAGCUGUCCUACCACAGUGUUUGUACAGCAGAAGAGUGGCAGAACCUCAUGCACUGUACGCUGCCUCCGCAUAUUUAUAAAGAAAUUGAACUAUACCACUUUGAUAUCAGUCCGUACGAGGAUGUCUGGCCUGCCAUUUUUGUCUACAUGGUUCAUCAGUCCUGUGGGACAGCCUGUUUUGAACUUGAAAAGCUGUGCCGAUUUACUAUGUCUGUAAAGAAGAAUUAUCGCCGUGUGCCCUACCACAACUGGAAGCACGCCGUUACCGUUGCGCACUGCAUGUAUGCCAUACUUCAGAACAACCAGGGGCUGUUCACUGACCUAGAGCGAAAAGGUCUUUUAGUUGCGUGCCUGUGUCAUGACCUGGAUCACAGAGGUUACAGCAACAGCUAUCUGCAGAAGUUUGAUCACCCCUUGGCUGCUCUCUACUCCACGUCAACGAUGGAGCAGCACCACUUCUCGCAGACGGUGUCCAUCCUGCAGCUGGAAGGGCACAAUGUCUUCUCCAAUCUGAGCUCCAGCGAAUAUGAGCAAGUACUGGAGAUCAUCCGGAAAGCCAUCAUCGCCACAGACCUUGCCCUGUAUUUUGGGAAUCGAAAACAGCUGGAAGAGCUGCAUCAGACGGGAGCGUUAAACCUGAAGAACCAAGCGCACAGAGACAGAGUGAUCGGUCUGAUGAUGACGGCUUGCGACUUGUGUUCGGUGACGAAGUUGUGGCCGGUUACGAGACUGACGGCCAACGAUAUAUACGCAGAGUUCUGGGCUGAGGGGGAUGAAAUGAAGAAAACGGGUAUUCAGCCCAUUCCUAUGAUGGACAGAGACAAGAAAGAUGAAGUCCCUCAGGGUCAGGUAUGAACUCUGUCAGGUUUUUUUAUUUCAGUGACCCCCUGAUGCUUUAAUUUGUUGUUGCAGGUGCUGUCUCCAUCAGGCCCACUGCUUCACCUCUGCCUUUUUUGCGUCUGCAGGGACAACCUCAACCAGUGGGAGAAGGUGACGAGGGGUGAGGAAGCCUCCGUGUGGAUUCCCUCGCAGUCGCUCGCCGCCGGCACCUCGGAUUCCCUGCCCGUGAAGGUCGAUGACUGA